AUGCAAGUGGUGAGGGGGCUGCGGUGCGGGGGAGAGGGCAUGAAUGACGCACCUGUGCAGCAAUGCGGGUCAAUGUCGGGACGCGGCGCCCCUCCCGCCCCGCAGGCCGCGGGGGCCGGGGGGAGGGCGCGGGGCGCGGUCCGAGAAGCAGCGAGCGCGACACAAAAGCUCUUUGAAAAGAACAUAGCGUCGAAAUAUUGUAUAGCGCGCCUCGGCUGCAUAUUAAAGUCAAUGGAGCUAGACGGGCUUGGGGCGCGGCCUUGGCACAGCGCUCCCCAUUGCACUGCA